CUAUAUAAUGGCUAGCCAUCCCGCAACCAAAAAAAAAGAAAAAGAAAUAAUAUUUCAAGCCUCUCUUCUCUAUCACCUCUUUGCAUCAUCAUUCUAUCUUUAGAAAUUUACGUAGAUGGGUCUGCAGGACACUGACCCUUUGUCUCAGCUAAGCUUGCCACCAGGGUUUCGAUUUUAUCCAACGGAUGAAGAGCUUUUGGUUCAGUAUUUGUGCCGAAAAGUGGCGGGUCAUCAUUUUUCUCUCCAAAUUAUAGCUGAAAUUGAUCUCUACAAAUUUGAUCCUUGGGUUUUACCUAGUAAAGCGAUAUUUGGUGAAAAAGAGUGGUAUUUUUUCAGUCCAAGGGAUCGAAAGUACCCGAACGGAUCACGUCCGAACAGAGUAGCAGGUUCGGGUUAUUGGAAAGCAACAGGAACUGAUAAAAUUAUAAUGAGUCAAGGAAAAAAGGUUGGAAUCAAGAAAGCUCUGGUUUUUUACAUCGGUAAAGCUCCCAAAGGAACAAAGACUAAUUGGAUUAUGCACGAGUAUCGACUUUCGGAACCUCAAAGAAGAAAUGGAAGUUCAAAGCUGGACGAUUGGGUUCUAUGUCGAAUUUACAAGAAAAAUUCAAGUGCACAAAAAACAUUAUCAGGAGGAAUUGUUAGUACAGAGGCUAGUCAUAGUCACGGAUCAUCAUCUUCAUGUUCUUCCCAGUUCAAUGACGUAAUGGAAGCUCUGCCCGAGAUUGAUGACAGAUUCUUCGCUCUUCCAAGAAUGAACUCUCUCAGUGACAAAUUGAAUUUCCAGAACCUGGGCUCCGGUAAUUUUGACUGGGCAGCCCUGGCAGAACAAGUUUCGGGAGCUCCAGCAGCCGCGGUAACUCAAACGCAAGGCCUAAUGAGUAACAGAAACAAUGUUGACAACACGAAUGGCUUAUAUGUUCCUUGUAAUUUAGUCUCGCAGCCUGGCGGUGUGGACACGAAGAUUGAAAGGAGUAUUGAUGAAGAAGUGCAGAGUGGACUUAGGAACCAUGGUUCGGAGUUCAUGAGCUUCAAUAACUAUUCCCAGUGUUUUACCAACGCUACUGAUCCGUUUUCUAUUCGCUACCCGAGCCAGCCCGGGAACAUGGCAUUUAGGCAAUGAAAAUAUAGGAAUUGUAGUAAGAAGAAGAAAUCAUAGAUGAAGCUGGAAAAAGGGGAAAUAUGUAAAUAAAAUCUGAUAUUCUUUGGGUGGGUUUUGAAAGGUAAUGCAAUUUUCAAAGCAAUGGAAUAGUGAAGAAAUUUGACCAUGCAAUUAGGAGGUGAUCAGGGGAGCUGAAACUUGAAACAUUGAAUUUUCACAUGUUUUUUUGGUGGCAAUAGGUGCAAUGAAUACAGUCAAUGUUUACAGAAUACUAGAAAAUGGUAGAUUGUAGUACUAGUAUUAGCAUCAAAAUUUGUACUACUAGUCUGUACCUAAUUGAAUUAUAAACUUCUUUUCUUUA